GUUACAUCAUCACUUGCUGCUAUUUGUUUUUCUGUUUUUAAUUUUCAUCAUCAUCAACAAUAAGAAAUGGCUCAAAGUGUUUGGGAUUUGUUCUCGGAUGACGAAGUUUUUGAAUCGUUGGAUACCAUUCUCGAUAAUCCAUCAACAACCUUGGAAGAAAUUUUAGAUCAAGAAACCUUGCUUCAAGAAGUCAAAUCCUUGAAUCCAAAGUUGAUUUCCUUCCUCACCAAUUCCAAGAAUUUACGUAAAUUAAUUGAUUAUAUUUCUGUGGAGGAGUACUUUGAAGAUGAUAUUUUGAAUAAGAAGAAUCAACCAAAAACAGCUUCAAACUUUUUUGAUGACGAUUUUGGUUCAUGGGAUGAUCAAUCAUCAGCUACAACAGAAAAUACUUCAUCGGAUUCCAUUAGAAAACAAGCCAAACAAGAAGAAGAAAAGAUGAAGCAAGAAUAUUUGGCAAAUCUUCCAAUGAAAGAUAAAUUAGAAGAAUUGGAAAAUAGACCAGAACUCAAGGCUAUCUUCCAACAUCCAUAUGUUGUUGCUGAAAUUUUCGGUUGUUUUAUUGAUGGUAUUAAUAGUGCUCUUAUUAGCAAGAGUGAAGAUGAAAAUUAUCAAGUUUAUGGAGAACGAUUUUUGGAUUUGCUUCUCAUCAAGUAUCUUCUCACAAGAAAGCCAUACUUUAUCCCAAAGAAUAGAAGUCUUUCAACAUACUGGAUCAAGGCCAUGUUGGUCAUUUUGGAAAAACCAGACAAGUAUUAUAUUGAUGUUGUGAAAAGAAUGUGUGAAAUUAUUGAUGAAAAGGCUCUUCCAGUUAGUUUGACUGUUGAUGAAUCGCUUACUGCAACUUCCGAGGCUCUCUUUGAAAACUUAUUUAUUAGAAAUAUUGGUUUGUGUGACUUUGAUACCUUCUUCUUGAAGUUUAUUGGAAUGGAAUCUAUGAUUUUCCAAACUCAAACUCAACUCAUUCAAUUGUUGAGCGGGUUCUCUUCAUUCUCUGACUCUUACUCCUUCUCUGUCAAUUCAAAUUCAUCAUUUGGUAAUGAAAGUGAAGAGGAAAAUAGUGAAGAAAUGAAAACAUACAAGGCAGUUCAAGAAUGGACAUUCUCUAAAUAUGCUAUGCUUGAUAGAUUGCUCAACAAGCUUGAAAGUUAUACUACACAAGUUUUCGAUGAAGAUUUGAACAUUGAAAUUGAAGAUGAACAAAAGAAUAUCUUUUCUCUCUUGACUCAAUUGAUUGAAAAAUCACUCACAAAGAGACCAAGCUAUACUUUGCCAGCUAUUCAAUCUAUUUUAUCAACAACCAAUAUUGAAAGACUUUGGGAUAUUAUUUUAAAGUGUGACCAAACCAAUGAGGUUCAAAGAUCACUUUUCAUUUUGGGAAUUGAAUUUAUGAAGAAUCUCUUGACUCAAAUUGUUUCUGCCAUUUCUGCCAUUUCCAUGCUUACUACUCUUGACUAUGCCACAUUAUCUGCAACUGAUAUCAAAGUUAUCGAACUUGGUGUUGAAGCUUUAAAGUCAUUGACUUCAUCAUCUCUUCUUGAAAAGUUGACUGCCAUUCUCAAUGUAGCUCCAAAACAACAAGUUAUACAAGUUCUUCAAUGUGGUGUUGAAUUGAAGGAAACCCUUGGUGAAGUUCGUUUGAUUACUAUUGACUAUAUUGUUACCAUUCACUCACAAUUAAUAAGUCUCCAAAAGAGUUUGGUCAACCUCCAAUAUUCAAAGAAUGAAAAGGAACAAUCUGUUCAAAAGGUUAUUUCUUCAAUUAUUGCAUCAUUGAAGGAAACCUCCUCCACUGCAAUUAUUGUAGACCUUUCCUUCAAGUUUGAUUUCAACUCACUUUUACACAAGCAACUUUACAAUUUGGUUGCAGCUGUUUGUGGUUUAUCAAUUUCCGAGGGAUCUGUUGUUGAUUUAAAGACCAAAUUAUUGGUGCAAGAUAUUCAAUUAUGUAAACGUAUCGUUGAAAAGUGUAAGACUAUUAAAUCCGCUGAUAGUCAAUCAUGGAAAGGAACUGUUGGUAUGGGAUACUUGUUAGAUAUGGUUGAACUGAUCCAAAAUAAGGUUGCCUCAACUGGAGCUACAUCUAACGAGUCACUAAUUAACACAUUUGCCUCAUUAGAUUUCUGGAAGAAUUUCCAUGAUGUAUUUUUGAAGGAACACAAUGCUCAUAAGGGUCAAUUGGGUGGUUCUGCUCCAAUCGGAAAGUCAAAUCCAAACAGUUGGCACAUUGCUGGAGAUUCCAAUCACUCUCACUUGACUGGUGUUCACGUCGAUGAAGAAGACAAUUAUUAAAGAAGAAAAUAUUUUCUCUA